AUGGGAAGAUGCGACGACCCACUAGUAUUGAAAGGAACUGCAUUCAAUGUUGAUGAGUUUGUUCCGACUGUUCCAAAUCACUUGCCAAUUAUUCGCCACUUUGAAUCCGAGCUUUACCUCUUUUAUGGGGAGUACCAGCGAGCAGCAGACUCGGCAUUGGAACGAGAGAAAGACUUUGAGAACAUCUUUUCAUCGCAUGCUAUUAUUAUGAUUGAAUGCUUCCAUCGAGGCAUAGCCCUGUAUGCCAUGGCCCGAAAGAGCAAGAACCGCAAAUAUAAAACCGCUGCUGUCAAAGUCCGAAAGAAGGUGAAGCGCUGGUCCUAUAAUGGGAAUCCCAAUGUCAAGUAUUACGAUUCUUUCUUGAGUGCCGAGCAUGCAGCGUUGACGAACGAUUUCGCCAAAGCAGAGGUGCAGUACCAGAAAUCAAUCAAGCAGGCAGCAAGAACUGGGCAUUUGCAUCAUGCUGGUUUGUUCAAUGAACGGUAUGCAGACUUUUUGAAAUUUGAAAGGAAGGAUGCAGAAGAGGCGAAUUAUCGCAUUUCGGAGGCAAUCCGCUGGUACGGAGAAUGGGGUGCACAACUAAAAGUCAAGAUGCUGCAAGACGCUCUCUUUGAGGAGUCAUAG